GCGGGGCGGGUGGAAUGCAAUGCACGAACUGCAUGGGUUCGCGAACAAGCGGGGGUGGGGGGAAGAGGAGGAGGAGGAGGAGGAAGAGGGUGGGAUGAGAUUGAUUUUUUCGGACAGUUGUGAUGCGGUUCGAGUUGGUCGGUCUGCCGAGGGAUGCACGUUCAUGGCAACCAGCAAGCAGCAGCCAGCAGCCACACACGACACACGACACCACACACGACACAUGCUCAACCAACCUCCUAAUCCCGCCGUCUCGUCCUCGACCGAUUCCUCAUCCGACAUCUUCAGGCGUUCAUCGGUCCGUCCGUUUGCCAUCUGCUGCUAUUCUUCUACCGGAUCCGGACAUGAGUGAUGAAUUGAUUGUUCUGUUUUCGACCGUGACGGUUCGGACGCCGCUUGCAUGUGGAUAUGCACGUUUUCUUCCCUACUUCUUACUUAUCUUUCCUUUCUUCUUUCCUUUUUCCUUUUUCUUCUUCUAUUGUAGACUCCAUUCAGCAAGGCGGCUGUGUGUGCGCGUGUGUGCGUGUGUGCGUGUGGGUAUCGGACUGGGUUGGGGCGUUUUUUCUUUCUUUCUUUGGAGGACAAAUGUAUUUAGACAGUUUUUUUGGUGUCUUCUUUUUUUUUGGUUUCUUUGUUUUUCUUUUCUUUUUCGUUUUCACUUUUGCUUACGGGACCGGACGGACUGGACUGGAAGGGGUGGUUUUUUGAUUUGAUUGCACGGGAACGGCGGAUGGGCUUUUAGACUUUUUUUAUCGUACCGUUUGUUUCCUUUUCUUUAUUUCCUUUUUCCUUUCCGUUUCUUUUAUCCUUGACUAAAGUUGAUGCUCGAGACGGGAAGGGAUGGGGGCAUAUAUCAUUUUUAUGUAGUAAAGCGGAGUCUAAGGAGGAGGAGGAGGAAGAGGAGGAGGAGGAGGAGGAGAUGCACGUGCGCAUAAUAACUCCAUGAAGAAGAAGAAGAUUAAGAAGAAGAAUAAGAAGCG